UGCGUGAUUUUAUGUCCCAAGUGGACGGACAACAACGUUACGUUGGACAAUUAUUUUGUAUUUUUUUGUUCGCUAUCCCAUAUAUAUAUAUAUUCUUUUUCAUCGACAACGCUUUGUGAAUGAUGGGUAAAACAAAAACAGGCAAAGCCGCUGCCGCUUGCACAGCUGUGGCAUUCGUUUUCAUAGUAAUUGCAUUUACCACACCCAAUUGGCUGGAAACCGACGGAAAACUUGAUAAUCCGCAAUUCGUCAAAAUCGGUCUCUGGCAAGUAUGUUUCCAAGGAUUUCAAGACCCGCGUCAUCUCUAUGACACCAGGUUCCACGGCUGUUGGUGGGUCUUUGAGGAAGAAUAUUAUAUCAUACAUGAUAUACUUCUGCCGGAUUUCUUCGUCGCCACACAAUUUUUCUUCACAUUGUGCCUGACUCUAUUGCUAAUAGGAAGCUUCCUGACUAUCUUGUAUACUUGUUGCUCUCGCCAUCAUGACAAGUACCAGCUGCUCUUGUGGGCAAAUGGUGGUAAUUUAACCUUAGCAGGGCUGUGCGGUAUUAUAGCGGUAAUUAUAUUCGGUGCCAGGGGCGAUGGACGAGACUGGAUGCCCAAUUGGGAGCACAAUGACAUUGGCUGGUCCUUUGCCUUAGCCGUUGUGGGUAGUGUUAUCCUGAUAGCUGCUGGUAUUCUGUUCUUAGUUGAAGGACGUAGGCAUAGAAAGAGGCAAGAGCGAAUAUUGAAUGAGGAACAGAAGACCCAUACAACCAUUUAGCAUAUUUUCACGUAACAAUUUAAAA